CGGCGCUGUCGGCGGCUCGGCCGAGUCCUCGGAUGCCCCCUGGAGCUCCGGUCCGAGGGAGCUUGCCUCGUGCCCGCGCUGCGCGCGCCUCUGGGUGUGCACGUGCGCGCGCGCCCGCCCCAGCUGCGCCCCCGGCCCGCACACACCCCGGCUCAUCUUCUCCCGGUCCUUGUCUCGCGCCUUCUCCACCCCUGGAAGUUGCCCCAGGGCUCCUCCCGGGAGGAGAGGGCGCUGUGACGGGCCAGAUGUUGGGGGUCUUUUGUGCAGACACACGCGCCUGGGGCGCUUGCUCCUGGAAGGACAGCGGCAGGACAAAGCCAGCUGGACUCGUGGGGGCGCUGCUCGGGAAGCGGCGGUCCCCAAUGCCGCCUGGAGUCGGGGCAUGGCUUGGGGAGCGCUGCCUGGGUCUGGAGAGAGUAGAGAAAUCGCCAAAGCAGAGUGACGGUGACUUGAUGAGGUGGCGGACAGGGGCAAACGAAAGAAAGAUGCUCGGGAUUGCCGCGCUGUGUGCCUGUCUGCGCAGGCUGAAGAAAGCUCAGUCUCAAUUGUGUUUCCUGCCUGUCAGCCUCUUGCCUCCUAAACGUGUACCAUUUCCACUUGAUGUCAUCACGCAGAAGGGGUGAAAGAGACUCGGUGACAGAUACAGAAAUGAACACACCUGCGAGUACUGGAUGCCUGUGAGCUCGCCAUCACCUGCACUGCAAAGACACAGGGCGGUGGCCUCUGAGAAGCAGCUCCUUCCCCUUCCCCUUGGCCUUGCCCUUCUUGCUCACAGUCUACCAUGGAGACGCUGUCCCAGGACUCUCUGCUAGAAUGUCAGAUCUGUUUCAAUUACUACAGCCCUCGGCGCAGGCCCAAGUUGCUGGAUUGCAAGCACACCUGCUGUUCAGUGUGCCUCCAGCAGAUGAGGACCAGCCAGAAGGAUGUGCGGUGCCCCUGGUGCCGCGGUGUCACCAAGCUGCCCCCUGGCUUCUCCGUGUCGCAGCUUCCUGAUGACCCGGAGGUCCUGGCUGUCAUCGCCAUUCCACACACUUCUGAACACACCCCGGUCUUCAUCAAACUUCCCAGCAAUGGGUGCUACAUGCUGCCCCUGCCCAUCUCCAAGGAGCGUGCGCUGCUGCCCGGAGACAUGGGCUGCCGCCUGCUGCCCGGGAGCCAGCAGAAGUCUGUCACCGUGGUGACCAUCCCUGCUGAACAGCAGCCUCUGCAAGGCGGGGCUCCCCAGGAGGCGGUGGAGGAGGAGCAGGACAGGCGGGGCGUGGUGAAAAGCUCCACCUGGUCGGGGGUGUGCACUGUCAUCUUGGUGGCUUGCGUCUUGGUCUUUCUCCUUGGCAUCGUGCUUCACAACAUGUCUUGCAUUUCUAAGCGCUUCACUGUGAUAUCCUGUGGCUGAAGAGGGCUGCAGGGAAGUCUCUUGUGGGUGCCAACUUAGGGGUUGAGCAGGUUGAUGAUGAGAUCCCGGUGAGAAGAUGGGGGGCGACACUGACCAUUUGGUGCUGAGCACUGUCCUCUGGGUUGCCUCUUGAUUACCCCAAGACAGACACAAAGGGCAGAAGGUGAGGUCUCAACAAGAUACCAGGUGAAUUGUUCUGAGUGUUGAUGGCAACAGCUUGGAAGAUGAUUGCAUGCAUCCUCAUAAUCAUGUAUUCAAUGGACUGUAAUUUAUGAUUUUUCAAAAUCAUGUUACAAGAUAGACAUAUUCUACUUAGACGUUAAACUGUACAAGUGCAUACAAUGUGACCUUCUCUAAAUGCGGUAGAUUCAAGCAAAGAUGCUCUAUAGACAAGUAGAAUUAAACCUGCGAAUCCUUGUAAAAAUUCAGUGAAGACAUGCACUGCUGGCUUCUUUAUUUUAUUUUUUUUCUUUUUAUUGAAACCUAGUCUUCAUUUAGUUGCUAAGGCUUUUUAUACAUUUUGAAUGGCACCAAAACAAAAUAAGUCAAAAUGGACAGUCAUUUUAUUUGGAGAAAAUAUUUGAACAAGUGUCUCCAAUGUGUUGUGUUUUGUCAUGAACCUUCAUUUUCUUCACUUGUAAUUAGAGCUCGCUACGUGUUUAUGGAACUGAAAGCUCAACAGGGGAGCAAUAAACCGAGAAAUCAUGAGAAAUGUCUAAUCCCAUGGGAAACCUGUAUGCCGAUUUUCCUCAAGCCAUCUCACAAAAUAAGAAUUUCAAAUGUAAAUAUCGUGUAUUUGUGUGUGUAUGUAUGUGUGUCUAAUUUGAUUUACCUCAGGUGUUUGAGUCUUUGCUGAAGAAUCCUGGGAUUAAGACUUCACUGGGCGUGAAUGAGUCAAGUCUCUGAAGCAGUGGCCACUUCACGGACAUCUUGACCGAGCGAGUAGUCUCCUACACAUCACCUGCAACACUCGCUCCUCUUCUGUGUAUUUAAGUCCUGCAUUUUGUAAGAGGCAAAUGGAGAGUAACAGAAGAGCGUCUUUUCUCCUGGUUUUGGAGUCUUGCGCUGGCCACGAGUGUUGUGACUGAUGGUCAACCCGGGUGGGCAUUUUAAUAGAUGGUCUGUGAUUCUUUUUUGAAAGAUGCUCUUCCACAAGAGUUAAGCCAGUUAGAAUUCCAGUUUCCUCUUGUUGAUAUGAGAGAAGAUCUCCUGUGUUUUAACACGUUUUUACCAAGAAAGGUGGCAAGGUAAACUAACAGUUCAAAUUCCCAAUAUAAGUGGACCAGCCCCUCAUAAACUGUCAAAUAUUCUUGAAUGUGUAAUGAUCUAUAGAUGCUCAUGAAGAAAGAUCUGCUAGAAGUAAGUGAUAAAUUCCUAUCCCUGGGUGCAUGUGCAUUCAGAAAUAGCUGUGAGCUUUACAGUUCUCAUCUAACUUCUUUUAUGGAAUUCAUGAAGCAAGUGGUAUGUGACAAGGACUCCACUUAUAAAUAUAACUGUUUUUAUGUUCCACUGAAUCCCUGAAAAUGGUAAGGAGGGUGGGGGGAAGUGAAGGAAAGACAAGCAGGGCUAAUUCCAAAAAGCAAAGCUAGAAAAUAGCCCUGUGAGGUCAAGACAAUUUAAUUUAUUUACAUGCUACCUGUUAUCUUCAAGCAGCACAAAAUAUGCAUAUAAAAGUGAUGGAAUUAAUGUGAAAUAAAACAAAAAUAUAAUGGCUAGAAUACAAAGCUAAUACUGCUAAUUGGCAUGAGAAUUCAACAUAAAAUUGUGAGCUCUGAUUUUUCAAAUUUGUCAUAAAACCUUUAGGAAAUGUAUUUGAAAGCUCAAAAUAGAAAUUAGGUUAAAAUGCCAUUUUAUUGUGUAAGCUCUUGGGCAUUAUACAACAAAUAAUCUAGGAUUUAUUUGGUAUUAAUAAUUUAGGUAUCAUAUUAGCUGAAUACUAUCCUCUAUUACAUAACAUAAUAUACUGUUGGGUUAGUGUCAGUUUCUCAAACUCUCCCAGGCUGCCAUAAUGCAUGUCUGACCUAAUUUCUAUUUCUCUUGGAGGAAAACACAGACACACACACAGACACACACACACACACACACACCACAGAAGUGUUGCAUUAAGAAUGCUACAUUUUGAAUAGACUUUGCCCUUGCAAUUUUAAGCUAUGCCAUAUUCAGAUUAAUUUUGUGAGUGAUAUCUGCAUAUGUUUCUGUACAGUAUGAAAUGACUGACCCUGUAGUGUAGUACGUGAUAGAGUUCUACUUGUUAAAGUAGGUUAGAUAUAGACACUAAUGUGUGUGAUGAUAGUGUCCUGUAUUUCUUAGUGCAAAUCUGUAGAGUAAAAAUGUCCAUAGAACUUUUACUUAAAAACAAUCCCGUGCUAGAGUUGCCAUUAAGCAGUGCAAAAUUAAUCGGCUGUAUGGUAGAUUCUUGACCUUAAAUUUAACAAUAACAAUCAAAAUCAGAUUUGUUUUUGUGAGUCUUACUGACCUAAGAAACAUUGUUUAAAUUGUUUAAAUGGAUCUGCUUGCAGUUAUUUGUGUACCUGUUUGUUAGGGUGUGCAUUCUUGUGUGUGUGUGUGUGUGUGUGUGUGUGUGUGUGUGUGUGUGUGUGUGUGAGAGAGAGAGAGAGAAUCUCAGUCUGCCAGAUAGAAUUUUAUAGGCUUAAUGAUGUUUUAAUGUUGCUUGGCAUCCCAUUGCUGUGGCCUCUUCUGGCAUUUACCAAUGACCCUUAACAAACACAUCUACCCAUGUGACCAAAGUCCACUGACACAAGAGGCCAGGAUUCAUACCUGCACAUUAAUGAAAAGUCACAACUGGAAAGCACAGAAAGAGCUGAAAGCAGCUUCCGGUGGCUUCAUUUUGUAGAUGAGUCCAUUUUGUAAUUCUGCAGAAAAGGGGGGAUAUGAACUUCGCACUGCAGUGUCUUCUUGCUCCAUCCUAGGUCUGUCUACAUCUCUAUCUGGCUAUGAUCCUUUCUAGGGUUGAUGAAUACCCUUUACUGAGUCAACUAUUGCUUUAAAGAAUUUUUUUGUAGGUUUAUGUACUCAUUUUAGUUAGCAUCUACCUCUCUGGGAAAAUGAAAGGAGGGUUGACUUAGGGAUGAGUAUAGAUGUUGAAAGACAACUAUCAAACCAUGUGGUUUGAAUUUUUAAAAUUGUAAAACAUUGGUGUCCAAAUCUCCCACCCCACUUGUAUGUAAAGGACAGUGAGUGUUGUGUAAAUAGUAAACUAUAAGAAGCAUGAAUUUUCAUCUUUAUUAAUGAUCUUGAAAUAAGGAAGAGAAUGCUUAAUAUGUUAAGUAGAGCCAAGAAUGCUACUAAGAAGCAUUGUCUUUGGAAAAAUUUUGUAUAAUGACUUGGGGCAUAAGUUGUGAUGAAAAGGCAACUUGGUUUUUGGUUCCAGUCAUACUUAAUGAUCAGAAAGCUCUAAGAUAUUUUCUUUAAAAAUAGACUUAAGUUUAAUUUUUUGCACGGCUUACAGAUUGGGUCCCUUGAAGGUUAAACCAUGUGAUGGUAUAACCUGUGAGAUCUUCUAGAUUGGCACUGUUCAAUAGGGCUUUCUGUGAUGAUGGAAAUGCUCGAAAACCUGUGCCAUCUGGUACGGUAGCCACCAGGCACGUUGACUUUUAGGCAGUUAAAAUGGGGUUACUACAAGGGAAGAACUGGAUUUCAAAUUUUAUUUAAUUUUAAUUAGCUGAAAUUUAAAUAGCCCUAUGUGUCUGGUGGCUGCCAUAUUGAACGACGCAGUUCUGGGUGAUAGCGCUUGGGAAUCCAGCAUCAAGGUAUUAAUGGAGUAACAGUGAGGCUAAGAUGAGAGUUUGUGGGCUAGUGACAUGCAGUUGGCAAAAGGCAAAACAUUCCUUUCUGGGCUUAAAAAGUAUGUGAUCUCAAGUAUGACAGUAAAAAUUCAUUGUUGCCCUUUGGAACUGUUGCUUAUAGAUUUUAGGCCAAGGAAUGAUCAGUGAAGCUUAAAGAAUGCUUUAUUAAGCCCCUUUUCUGGGAUCAUUAGCUGCAUGUUAACCUAUUGUCCAAAAAUAGUAGUUAGACAGUAGCUGUAAAACGUUUGACUUGCAAGCUAUGCAUGACCUGUACUGUGAAAUUGUGUCUAGGGUCUUGUGGCCAAAAAGUAAAUGUUACAGGAAAAAAAAAAAAA